AUGGGGGACAUUAAAAACUUUCUGUAUGCAUGGUGCGGUAAGAAGAAGUUAACGGCCAACUAUGACAUAAGGGCGGCUGGAAAUAAAAACAGGCAGUUUAUGUGUGAGGUCCGUGUUGAUGGUUACAGUUACAUUGGAAUGGGAAACUCCACCAGCAAGAAAGAUGCCCAGUCCAAUGCUGCAAGGGACUUUGUGAAUUAUCUUGUCCGAAUGGGUGAGAUUAGUGCUUCUGAUGUACCUGCUUUAGGGGCCAGUGUCCCAGAUGUGCAUGAUGGCAGUGGGCAGGAAAGUGGUGGCUUUGGAAAUCUGCCAGCCAAUGGUCCUCUACCUCCACAUUUAGCCAGGAAAAAUGAGGGCCCGAGAAGGCCUCUGCUCCGGUUCCUGGAGUGACUGGACUAGGCUAUUCGGGUUUCGGCAAUUCUCAGUGGGAGCGAGGGGCUAACCUGCAGGACUACUAUUCAAGGAGAUCUCGGUGAACGUAUUUCAAACAGCUUCUCUAACACGAUUGCUGUACUACUUUUCCAGGUACACUCAGAUUUGGACUUUUGCCCAGCUUAGUUUCAGUAAUCUGAUUGAAAAAAUGUAAUCUGUUGUCUUGUGGUCUUCGCUUGACUUUGGCAGAGCUGAAAAAUAAAAUAAGCUAGGAGAAAAUUGCUGAUAGCAGAAAUCACAUCCUUACACAUGACAAACAUGUGGCAUUUCUUAGGCCGCACUAAGGUGCCACAUGGUGGAGUCUGUGAUUGGACGAGUGCUGGAGUGUGUGGGGGUGCAGUAAUGUAUGGUUGUGAUUUCUGGUGUCGCUCCUCCGUCAGGAAUGGAGGCCUCCGCGGCUGAGAUGGAAGUGUUCUGGUUCAUGGUUG